GUCCCACAUUUAUCUAUAGCUGCUAUUUUCCUAGCCUAAAAAGCGAAGCGUAUGCCUGGCAUUUUUUCCAGAACCGAUUUUUUUUGUCCGUCAACUCAGUUUACAAGCCAAGUAACCUCAACUCAUAUAUUGAAUCCCGGUAUUCUAUCAUUCAUCUGUCUCCUUAUCGGACCUUUAUAAUAUCAAUAUAAUAUCAAUAUGAGGGAUUGGGUCGGGACUCUAUCACUCCUGCUUGUGUUGACUUGUUUGAGUACUGCGAGAGCGGUCCAUUCUUCAAGGGAGUUUUAUUGGCAUCAACGGCAGGUCUUGUUUGAGACGCAUCGAGCGCCGAGUACCUUCACCAAGCUUUCCGCCCGGCCUCCACAAGACCACAAGAUAGACCUCCGAUUUGCGCUGAAGACUCGAUUGGAAGGCGCCAUUGAUGAGCUCCUCGGAAGGAUCUCGGACCCUUCGCACUCUUCUUAUCUUGAUUAUUUAACCGAUGAUCAGUCCAAUAAGCUAAGCAAACCGGAUGACGACGCGAUAGCUACAGUAUCGGACUGGUUAAGGAGCCACGAAAUCCAACGACAUAGAAUACAAUGGAGUAAAAUGAAAGACUGGGUCACUGUGACAGAUGUGCCUUUGCCACAAGUCGAAUACAUGUUAGAUACGAGUUACUCUAUCUUUCAGCAUCUUGACGGAGAUCAGAUUAUUCGGACAGAAAGCUUUAGUCUCCCUCAUAACUUGCAUAGGCAUAUUGACGUUGUCCAGCCUACUACGAUGUUCGGCCGUUUGAAAAAGCAGCGCAGUAGGGUAAGGGUAGCAGAGGAGUUAUCUCAAGACGAAUCAUCUCUCCUCAACACAACAAUGACCAAAAACUGUACCAAUCCUGAUGUUGUCACAAAUGACUGUUUGAGAAAACUAUACCAGACCUUUGAUUAUGAACCAAAGGCUAUCCAAAUGGGAAAUCGUAUCGGAAUCACCGGAUUUCUGGGCGAGGCUGCAAAUUUCAACGACACUCAGAGGUUCCUCGCCCUCCAAAGACCAGACCAAAAGGGACAUACUUUUGAGGUGGUAUCAGUCAAUGGUGGUGAGAAUCCACAGACCUUGAGCCCCGACCAGAUUUCUCGAAAAACUGGUAUUGAGGCCAACUUAGAUACUCAAACCGUCUUGGGCUUCACUUCCCCUACUCCGAAUGUAUUUUGGACUGUUGGUGGGAGUCCUCCCUUCCAGCCAGACCGUACGAGCUCUGUCAACACCAACGAGCCUUAUCUUGCAUGGCUAGAAUAUAUCCUUUCCUUGAAUAACUCUGAAAUUCCUCGAGUAAUUUCUACUUCUUACGGUGACGAUGAGCAGACUGUCCCUCUGUCAUACGCUCGAAAGGUUUGUCAUGGAUUUGCCCAGCUGGGGGCUCGCGGAGUCUCGGUCAUAUUUUCUUCUGGUGAUGACGGUGUUGGUAAAGAUGGCCGUUGCGUAACAAAUGAUGGCUUAGAGCGUAAAGCAUUUACACCUAUAUUUCCUGCAAGUUGUCCUUACGUCACGUCUGUGGGGGCUACGGAGAAUUUUGAGCCUGAAGUCGCGGUUUCCAAGGAGGGCCCUGGUGGAUUUAGCAGCGGGGGUGGAUUCUCCAAUUACUUCCCAAGACCGAAGUGGCAAAAAUCUGUAGUGAAGAACUACUUUUUAUCGCUUGGGAGCACACACUCUGGUUUAUACAAUGUUACGGGUCGUGGAUAUCCAGACGUUUCCGCGCAAGGAGCAAAAUAUGUGAUCGCCUGGCAGGGAAGAUUCGUGAGAGUCGGGGGUACAUCUGCAUCUGCCCCUACAUUUGCGUCAGUUAUCAGCUUAUUGAACGACUAUAGUCUGUCUCGUGGUGGUCGCUCUCUUGGCUAUUUAAAUCCCUGGCUUUACUCAGUGGGCUUUCGUGGACUGAAUGACAUCACAUCUGGUAGUUCCAGUGGGUGUGACACGAAAGGAUUCGCUGCUCGGGAGGGGUGGGAUCCGGUCACGGGACUGGGGACACCCAACUUCAAGAAAUUGCAAACUUUAGUAAAAGUUUCCCACACGUCUUUUGAUCUCGGGGUUUCAAUCGAUGAUGAGAACCUCGUGCAGUGAUUUGAAAGCUCUCCUAAUUCCGAUCUUACCUUCGAAAUUUCUUUAAUUACAUUUUUAGACUCACCACAUUGUUAUCUCCAAUAACCAAAUUUUCUCGAAUGUGUGACCAGAUGGACAUUAUCAACACACUUUUCACUCCUUACAUCUUAAUCUGACUAUCUGAUAUAUUUGUCUCACACUGCGAACAGUUGCUUGAUCUUUGUUGACCAGAAUACAAGGAGGUCUCUACUGAAUGUGUACUUUGUUCAACUUCUAUAAUCCCGAAAGCCAUUUCUUCUGACGCGGAGGAGUGUCCGAAGUGAGGAAUUCCUUCAUAGUCAGACCGGACGAUUUUAUUU